GGGCGCGUUGCCAGGGGCGACCGGUCGUCGAGGGCGGCCUCCCUCCCUCCGCCGUCAGUCGCCGCCAUGGCCGAGCCAGUCAAGGUGGCGGUGACCGGAGCUGCCGGACCUACCGCCUACUCCCUGCUGUACAGCAUCGCCAAUGGAGAGCCUGUGGCCCUGGCGCUGCUGGACAGCUCCUCCAUGCUGGGAGUGUUGAGCGGAGUGGCAAUGGAGCUUCAAGACUGCGCCUUCCAACUCCUUCAAGGGGUGACGGUGACGGACCGGGACGAGGUGGGCUUCGUGGGGGCGGACAUCGCCGUGUUGCUUGACGCCGUGCCGACGGCGCAGGACGGUGCGGAGCCGAGCAAUCUCUGGAAGGCCAUUGUGCGGAGGUUCAGAGCACACGGUCGUGCCUUAGACACAUACGCCAAGAAGUCGGUCAAGGUCCUGGUAGCGGGCAACUCCGCCAACACCAACUGCUUGGUGGCCAUGAUCUCCGCCCCCUCCAUCCCCGCGGAAAACUUCACCUGCCUGACCAGGAGGGAUCGGGACCGGGAUCGGGACCAGGCCUUCCUACAUCGGGAAGCCCCCGUGAUCCGGGCUGGAGCUCGGACGUUCUCCAACUCCGCGUCAGUGGCCAGAGCCACCUGUGACCACCUGUGUGCUUGGUGGUCCGGGACAAAGCAGGGAGAAUGGAUGUCCAUGGGAGUCGUGUCUGAUCGGAAUGGCUAUGGGAUUCCUGAGGGACUGAUUUACCCCUUCCCUGUCACAGUGCAGGCUGGACGUUGGCACAUCAUCCCGGGCCUGGUCCUGCCCCGGCUCCUCCGGCAGAACAUGGCGCUCUGUGCCCGGGAGCUGCUUCGGGAGAGGGACAGAGCCCUGGCGUCUCUGGUGAACAGCCACCUGUGAGGGCUCCUGGUCCGGAUCGGUUACGCUGGAGUGGGAGAUCCAAGCCGGAGACAGUCCCGGCUUCCCGAGGAGAUGCUGGAGGUCAGAGCCUUCCCGGUGAACACCCGGCAUGGCACGGCACACCCAGCUCGCCGCAAG